GUUUACCCUGGCUGGACACCUCUAGCCAUGACAAUUUUCCUCCUCUGACCCUCUGUGGGGGGCUUCAGUCACCUCCUACCUCCCUCCAACGCUCCCUGGCUUAGGGGUUUGGUUGCCUGUCCUCCCUCUCCCUUCACAAUAUUUCUCAUCUAUGACUCUGCUCCCACCUGAGGCUGGAGCAGACAGGGCUUGGUGCUCACUGGUCCAUCUCAAGUAGCUCAGGAGCACACUCCAAGGGGAGUGCUGGCUAUAAACCCACUUCCCCUGUGGUUAAUCCAAGCCUAUUAAGGCUGGGCCUGCUGUGGCACGUCUUUAGGGAGUCCCUCUGCUGCAUGUGUGGUACCAGCAUGGCUGGCGUGCUUCUGACAGAACUUUCAUCUGCUGACAGAUGGAAUCAAAAUUAAAAUUACAUUCGAGGCAGGAGAUGAGGAGGCAGCACCAGGAAAGCUCUGUAGUCACAAAUACCUGUGUGCAUUUCCCCUGAUGACAGGAAAAGGCCAGCUCUGCCAUCAGCACUUUGCUCAAAACCUUCGCCCAAACAGAAAACAACUCUCAGGGUGAGGAGGCAAAUGAAGAAAUUCACAUGGCAGCUAUGGGAAUAUCACUCCAUAUGGUAGUUAUGGAGCUGCUCCAGAAGUUUAGGGCCAAGGAAAAGACCAAUUCAGCUAUGAUCUGUUCCACAUUUAGCAAAUCAAAUGGCUUAAACACAGAUCCAUGGCAUGAAGGGACCUCUCUCUGAACUGCUGGAAAAACAGGAGGCAACGUCAGAGGAGGAUUUUCUUAAUGCCUUCCAUGACCAGCUCUAACCACAUCCCUUCCUGAGGUUGCAUAAGCACAGCUUUUGAUCAAAAAUCCUUUCCUUCCUCCCAAAAAUAAAUGUAAAACAACUUUUAAAAACAAAUGUAGUGAUGAAGAAAGAUCAAGACACUGCUUCAUGUCCCAGAAAUCAUUCAUUUCAUUCAUUUUACGUAAUGAAGCAGCAAAGGGACUGACAGCAGAUUGCAGUGAGGUGAGUCACAAGACUGUGGAACAAGGAUGUGGUGCACCAGGUGGGAUAACUGCAGCAUCUGGGGAUACAGCAAGUGUGGAACAACCAGAAUCACUGAAAAUCCCACGUGGGAAGGGACCCACAAGGAUCUCAAGUCCAGCAGCAAAAGCUUGGCUGGGAGUGGCUCUGCUUAGUGCUAUGAACCUGUUUCAUGAAAUCAGAUUGAUUUACUCAAAGGAUGAUUUAUUCAAAAGGUUCUUCCCCCCGAGGCUGCUGGCACUGCCCAGGCUCCCCAGGGAAUGGUCCCGGCCCCGAGGCUGCCAGAGCUCCAGGAGCGUUUGGCCAGCGCUCUCAGGGAUGCUCAGGGUGGGCUUGGUGGGGUGGCUGUGCAGGGACAGGGCUUGGAUUUGAUCCCUGAGGGUCCCUCCCAGCUCAGGAUAUUCUGGGAUUCUUUAAUUCUCAGCUAUAAAAAGAGAAAGCAAAAUAACCAAGUAGUUCUUAGAGCUUUAAUUAGCAGCAGUGUGAGUGUGACUCUGUGCCCAGCCACGGGAGCCACUGGAGCCCAGAGGAAGCCGGUGGGAUGCAGGUGCUGAGUAUGGAAAGGGCGGGGGAUGGAGAGAGCCCCAUCUCUGCCUCCACACAGAAUGUUCCCGUCCCAGCACUCAGCCGGGGCUGGGAGGUCUCUUCAGGGGGGACAGGGGAAGAUCUCCCUGUCUCCAGGUGACCAUGGGGGAUGUGAAGAUCUGUGUGGACCCUCGGGGCACAACGGGGACUGCUGUCCGCGAGGGCCUCUUAAAGUUGGGUUUCCCAGAUUUCUCUGAAUCAACCCCGGCCCGGCACAACACAACCACGGCGGCGGGGCCGGCCUGGAACCCCCAGAACGGGGAAACCGGGGGUGAGAAAAGGGCUGGUGGAGGAUUGGCUGGAGGGGUGCGGAGGCGGUGAGGGGCACGGACAGCGGGACCGAGCCCCGGGCGGGACCGAGCCCCGGGCAGGGCCCGGCUGGGCCGCGGGGCAGCCGGGCCGCGUUGCCAUGGCGAUGGGUCCGCCUCCUUCCCGGCGUGCCCCGCGCCCGCACGUGACCUCACACCCGGAAGUGUUGCCAUGGCGGCGGGCGCGCUCUGGGGGCUCGUGGCCGCGCUGGAGACGCACCGGGGCCGCGACCGGGCGGUCCGGGCGCUGUCCUACGGCUGCCAGCUGGCGGGGGCAGCGCUGCCCGGCCCCGCGGGGCUGCCCGGGGGGCUCCUGGCCGCCUCUGCCCAGCUCAGCUCCUGCCGCACCGCCCUGCGCCUCUUCGACGACCUGGCCAUGCUCCGGCACAGCUGCAGCUACGGGCUGGGCCCCGAGGGCGAGGACGCGCUGGUGCGGGGGCUCUCGGUGCUCUGCAACGUGGCCAACCAGCUCUACUACCCCUGCGAGCACGUGGCGUGGGCGGCGGAUGUCGGCAUCGUCCGCGCCCGCUCCCGGCAGUGGUGGGCGCGGAGCACGGCGCUGUGGGGCUGUGCCCUGCUCCUGGGCAUCCUGCGAUCCCUGAGAAUCUUGUGCCAGUUAAGAAGGAAACUGAGCCAGCGCAAGUGCAGCUCUUCACCUCAGAGGCAGCAGAAGCUGAGAGCCCAGGUGAAGGCUGAAGUUCUGAGCAUCCUCAUGGACACAGCAGAUCUCUCCAACGCCAUCCACUGGCUGCCUCCAGGAUUCCUCUGGGCAGGAAAGUUCCCUCCAUGGUUAGUAGGACUCCUGGGGACCAUCUCCUCCCUGAUUGGAAUCUACCAGGCAUCAAGAGGAGCAAAUUCUGAAGCUGCUUAAGCCAGAACUGAGCUUCACAAGCCCAGUUUCCACAUGGUAAAAGUGCCUUUAGUGAGGCAGGGUGUAUUUUAACUUUCCUGGGUUGUUGAUUGUCCUUCCAGAUAUCCCAUAAUCAGGACUGGAAUCCAGAUGCCUGUUGCAAAGGGGAUUGUUUGCAGCUGAUAAUUUUUAUCACUCUUCAUCAGAGAAAUAAUUCAGGUGAAUCCUCUGAAAAUCAAGAAUCUCCUACAAUGGGUAAAACUGAGGGGGAGAGAGUUGCUUCCAAGAUAAAUGCAACCUCCCAGUGGUUUUUGCCACUUAAAGGAGCACAGUGGCCAGGUUCUGUGACAGAGAACUGGUAAGGGAUGAAUCCUGUGAGCUCACACUCUGGGCUUGGUGCUGCACCUGAGCCAGGAUGGGACCCCCAUCCUGGGAGUUCUCCAGGUGUUUUGGGGUUUGGGCUCAGACAGGAGCCAGCAGGGGUGUUGUUUGUGACCCUUGUGUUUCCUUAGAGGUGAGAGGGGCAGGAAAUUGCUGCUGGAAGCAGCGUGGACCUUCCUAGCCUGCCUUGCCCGUUUAAGGAGAGAUGUUGGAAGUCGAGACUUCCCCCAGAGCUGAGGCUCCAGCUGUGCCUUUGUGGAAUGCCACCGGGUGGAGCUCUUCCACCAGGCUCCAGCAGCUGCCAACGGACCUUUUUUUAUUAAAAAAAAAAAAAAAAAAAAGUAGGAAAUUUAUUCAUCACCUUUCAAAGGAGCAAUCAAACCAAUGGCGAGGUGGGGUUUGCAGUUACAGUUCUGGGCGUUGCCAAUAAUAAACGGCACAAAUGCUUCAAA